AUGGAGGUAUUGGCCCCCGCCCCGGUGACCAACGAGCCCAUGCCCGGGACCUCAGAGGGACCUGGCUGUGACCGUGGCGCGCUGCGAGUGCUGGCCCAUGUGCACACCGGGACCUACAAUGCAGGCCCCGAGGCGGUGGCCAUGAUGCGACUCUUCUGUGGGGUCGUGAGUGAUGACCUGAACACCUUUGCCUACGAUGCCAAUGUUGCAGGGUUGGGCUAUUCCUUGGAAUUUGCGGACAACCUUUCGUUGUCCGUGGGGGGCUUCAAUGACAAGCUCCCAGAUCUCAUGAAGGUGGUGGUAGAACGAGUUGCCGACGUUUUAGAAGACUUUGAAGCAGCGGGGAAAAGCAUCCAGGACGUGACAAGCGAGGAAGAACUCUGUGAAGCCUUGGGCGAGCGCGGCCAGGAGUUGGUGGAAAAGCUGGAGGUCCAGCGUCAAAUUCUGCUGCAGGACUAUAAGAAUUUUACCCGAGAAGAACCCUGGUCUGUUGGCAACUACUACUUGAGCCAACUGAUGCUUCGCAAGUCCUGGCAUCUCGAUGAAUACAUUCAGGUGCUGGAAAACAUGCCCGAUCUCCUGGCCAUGUCCGGAGCAGUGCGACAGGCGCUAUCCGCAGUGCAGGUGGACAUGUUGGUGCAUGGCAAUGCGACCCAAGACGCAGCCAAGGACUUUGCCGAGAUCUUCUGUACCAACUUGAAGCGCUUGGGUGCUAAGCCUCUUCCGGAGCUUCGAAAGAAGGAGGUCACCAAGUUGCCGAAAGAAAGCACCACGGUCUUCGAAUUUGACCUGGCCAAGCUAAAUCCAGCGCAGGAGAACUGCUGCACACAGGUGGUCUACCAGGUGGGCAAAACCAACGAAGACUUCAAGCGGGAUGCCUGCCUGUCUUUGUCCUGUCACAUCGCGCAUGUGUCGGCCUUCCAGAAGCUACGAACGGAAUUGCAGCUGGGCUAUAUCGUCCAAGCUUUCCCUGCCGUUACGGAAGACGUUUGCGGCUUCUCCGUCCUGGUCCAAGGUAAUAGGGAGCACCCAAAAGAUGUGGAUCAGCUCAUUGAAGAUUGGCUGGCAGAUUUCGGCCAGGAAUUAGAGGCAAUGAGCGAUGAGAAUUUUCGAAAGAACGUCCAGGCCAUGGUGAAUGAGAGGACUCAGCGCUAUUCUCGUUUGGUUCAAGAGACCACCCGUCACUGGGCGGAGAUUCUUCCCCGAAGGUACAAGUUCUCCAGAGUCGUUGAAGCGACUGAAGCUUUGGAAAACAUCCAGAAAGAAGAGGUGUUAGAAUUCUUCAAGGAAUACCUUGCCAAGGGAGCUGCUAGUCGCAGGAAACUGAGCGUUCGCGUCCUCGGAACUUCUGCGGGCGAUGUGAAGAGUGAGGUGGAAGAGCCAGAUGUGUUACUCACAUCUCUGGAGGACUUGCGGCGCUUCCAUGGCGUCACAGAGUCCUUUCCUCCAGCAGCCUUCUCUGAGAUGCCAACGUCGGAUGAGUGA